CAGAGGUGGAAGGAGACAAGUGUGUGCUGCAGAAACAUAAGAAGACAAACAAGAAAUCAGGAGGAACCUGCCCAACGAGAUUCCAACAUACCCAUUCGUUGACAGGAGGAGACCUGAACACCGAAACCUGCGCGGGCAGCCAUCAUCAGGACGGCUGAGGCUAAGACCUGACGACUAGAUUGUCCAACAGGCUGGUGACUUACUUCAUGCUCAUCCUGCCAGUGGUGGAUUGACGGGAUCCGUGACUGAGGAAGACACCGAACCAGGAACCAUGAGUGCCCACGAGCACAACCACUCCCUGGACUUCCUGAAUGGGACCCCCUGGUUUGUGUAUGAGUGCACGAUGCAGCUGAACACCAACCAUAGACGCAUUGCCCUCUUCCUGCUCUACCUCUUUGUCUUCAUGGUGGGCCUGCUGGAGAACCUGGUGGUGGUGUGGGUCAACUGGCGCCGACGCCACUCGGCCAACGGAGUCCUCUUCUGCAUCAUCAACAUGAGCCUGUCAGACCUGAUGGUGAUUGUGAUCCUGCCUUUCUUCAUGAUGGAGGUGACACUGGACAAAGUCUGGUUGUGGGGCCAUUUUCUCUGCAAGGUCACCAACCUCAUCUAUGUUGUGAACUUCUACAGCAGCUCCUUCUUCCUGGCCUUCAUGACCCUGGAGCGUUACCUGUCCCUGACCCGGCCAUCGUCAGCUGGCUGCUUCCCGGUGACAGGCCGAAGGCGCUGGCUUCUCUGUGGGGGCCUAUGGGCUUUCUCCUUGUUCUUGGCUCUGAUGGAGAACAUUCAUGUCAAUCUUCUGGAGUGGGACGAGCCGGGCUGCUACAUGCUACCUGAGCAAAACUACACCGAGUGGUUCUUGUCUGUGGCGUUCUUCUGCCUGCUCUUCCAGUUCCUUGGCCCUGCUGCCGUCAUCAUCAUCUGCAACAUUCUGAUUGGCCGAGCGGUUCGAACGGCACCGGACGUGCAGGGUCGGAGGGACGUGUGGCUGGUACAUGUGUACUCUCUUGUGUUCGUGGUGUGCUGGCUGCCCUACCACCUAGUGAUGUUCCUGCUGAUCAUAGACGACCUGAACCCAUUUUUGCUCAGCUGCAAUACAGUGGAGGCGCUCUACUUCUCUUUUAGUGUGGUGCAUAGCCUUUCGCUCUUCCACUGCGUCGCCAACCCUCUGCUCUACAACUUCCUCAGCAAGAGUUUCCGUAACAACCUCAUCAACAAUGUGAUAAACUGCAUACCCAGAGAGGGUGUUGCAGACCAGGGGGAGGCCAGGGCAGAGCCCAACACGCCAAACGGAGGGAAGAGAAACUCGGAAAACCAGCGCAAGUUAAGUAACGCCAGCACAAGCCAAUCAGAUGUGGCAUCAUAAACAAGAUCAUGACUGAAACUUUUUUCUUUAAUGAAUAAAAUCUCUUUCUUCUGUGGAGCAUCAAUAUACUCCACUUUAGGUUUUUCUUUUCUUUUCUUUUUUUUUUUGUAGCUUGCAUGUGACAUUUAAACAGAGCAGAACAGGAAAUGUUGAUUCUUCUGAGAAGCUGCUCAACUCCCACAGGAUCUUUGUUAUCUGACAAGCGGAAGAAAAGCUCCACGCCUCCGAUCUGCAUGAACAAAUCUGGACUUAUCGGACAGCUGCAACCUCCACGUCCUUUUAAACAUCCUCAGAUAUAAACAUAUAACUGUUUUAAAGCUAAUUAAAUCAUAUCAUAUAUUAUUUAAUGCAUAUUUAUCUGUCUGGAUGCUGAUGUAGUAGGCAUCUGCUAACUUCUAGGGCUAAGAUUAGGAUGAGUAAGAACAUUAAAAACGCAGACUAACAGAAAUCUUAUUUCUCUGUCCUGGUGGUCCUGAAUCAACUGAUCAGUUGAUUUCCUGGAGAAUAAUCAGAGCUCCUCCAGGGUAAGAUUUAGGUUUAACCUCUUCUGUACAGGGGCCAAAAAGAGAUACUACAGUACAGAAGAUGUUUCACACACUAGGAAGCAGCAAUUCUACCACGUAGCAUACCAAAAUGAUGGGGAGAAACUCAGCUAAAAGACUACUAAGCAUUGGGAUCCAUCACCAAGAAAUUAUAUGGGAAUGUAACAACAUUCAUGACAACAGCACUGUCCACUUUAGAGCUUCUGAUAAUUUCUCCACUUGAAGCAAACUACGUAAACAAGGCGUCAUAUGACUCUGCUAAUUACUAAGAUGUCUGUCUUGUGACUGUGGGACAAAAACUGGGAGCUAGCAGCCAGAAUCAGAAAUCAUGUCAUAUUUUUACUAAUUUCAGGUUAAAAGUUUUAUUCCAGCUCUAAAAACUCUGCUAAUGUGUUCUUAUAUGAAUCUGUUUUUCUUUGAAUUAAUCAUGAAGGUUCUAGUAGUUUCCAUGGUGAUGGAGAGGGUAUCAUAGUGAAGUAUUCACCCUUCCUAUCGUUUACAGUCUUGAGCUUCACUUCUUACUGGAUCCUCAUGGUGUUUCUAAGGUAAAUUUAGGGGCAAUCCCUGGAUUCUCCUGACUGUGACCAUUGUUAGAGGUGUCCAUCAUCAACAUCGGCCAAUGGCUUCCUGAGAUAUCUACCUGCAUUACACCUCUGUUAAAACACCUGGAAAAUUCCUCAAGUUUCUUUUUAUCUUCUACUGUUGCUACACAUUCCUACAACUACUUUAUUCAUGCCUUGGACAGCUUUACUCAUUACUUACAUAUAACUAUGACUAUUUUACUCAUUCAUAGGACUACUUUCCUCAUACCGAUCUGCUUUACCCAUUCCUUGAACUGCUUACGUAUUCAUAGGACUACUUUAAUUAUUCCUAGAAAUACUGUUUUACUCAUUCCUAUGACUAUAUUACCUAUUCGUUGGAAUACUUUAUUUAUUCUUCACUGGAUGAAUAAAGUAUUAUUUAUUUAUUCAGUAUUAAUAUUCACUCAAUAUUUGGACUGCUUUAUUUAUUUUUAGGACUACUUACUUAUUCCCAAGACUACUUUAGUAAUUCCUAGGAAUGCUUUACUCAUUCCUUGGACUAUUAUACUUAUUCCUACGACUGCUUUAUGCAUUCGACACUAUUCAAAUCAUUCCUAUGGCUACUUUACUUCUUCCUUGGACUACUUUAUUUAAUCUUAGAACUACUUAACUCAUUCCUAGCAUUGUUUACUCAUUACUAUGACAACUUAAUCAUUCAUAGGAACACUUUACUCAUUCCUAGGACUACUUUACUAAUUCCUUGGUCUAUUUUACUCACUCCUAGGACCACUUACUUUUUCCUAAGAUUACUUUAAUAAUUGCUAGAAAUACUUUUCUCCUUCCUUGGAAUAUUAUACUUACUCCUAUGACUACUUUAAUCAUUCCUUUGACUACUUUAUUCAAUUACAGGAUGACUGUUCUCAUUCCUAGGCCUACUUAACUUAUUCCUAGAACUAAUUUAGGAAUUCCUAUGAAUGCUUUACUCAUUCCUUGGACUAUUUUACUUAUUCUAUAACUAAUUUACUCAUCACUGGACUAUUUUAAUCAUUCUCAGGCGCUACGAUACUCAUUACUUUGACAACUGUAUUAUUUUUAUGACUACUUUACUCUGUCUUAGGUCUACUUUACUCAGUCCUAGGGAUACUUAUUUAUUCUGCAGACUAUUUAAGGCUAAUUUAAUCAUUCCUAGGACUACUUUACUCAUUCCUAGGACCACUUCAAACAUUCCUUGUACUAUUUUACUAAUUCCUAGGACUACUUCCCUUAUAUCUAUGACUACUUUAAUAAUUCAUAUGACCACCUUACACAUUUGUUGGACUACUUUACUAAUUCCUACUUUUCUAUUUUCAAUAAUUAAGGACUAUUUUACUAAUUCUUAGCACCACUUUACUUAUUCCUGGAACUACUUUAUUAAUUUCUAGGACUACUUUACUCAUUCCUACAGCCACUUUCUUAUUCCUAGGACAACUUACAUAAUUCUUAGUACUGCUUUACUCAUUCCUAGGACUACGGUACUCACUCUUUGGACUAUUUCCUAGUACUGCUUAACUCAUUCCUAGGGCUACUUUACUUAUUCCUGGGACUAUUUUACUAAUUCUUAGGACCACUUUACUUAUUCCUGGAGCUACUUUAUUCAUUUCUAGGACUACUUUUCUCAUUCCUACAGCCACUUUCUUAUUCCUAGGACAACUUACAUAAUUCUUAGUACUGCUUUACUCAUUCCUAAGACUACGGUACUCAUUCUUUGGACUAUUUCCUAGUACUGCUUAACUCAUUCCUAGGGCUACUUUACUUAUUCCUGGGACUAUUUUACACACUCCUAGGAGUACUUCACAUAUUCCUGGGACUACUUAUUCCUAUGACUACUUUAAUAAUUCUUAAGAAUACUUGACCCAUUCCUUGGACUACUUUACUUAUUUCUACGACUACUUUACUCAUCCCUUUGAUGACUUUAUUCAUUCUUAGGACUAAUGUACAUACACCUAGGACUACUUACUUAUUCCUAUGAGUACUUUUCUCAUUCCUAGGACUGCUUUACUUAUUUCUAUAACUACUUUAUUAAUUCCUAGGAAUACCUUGCUUAUUUCUUGGACUAUUUUAAUAAUUCCUAUGAUUACUUUACUCAUUCACUGGACUAUUUUAAACAUUCCUAGGACUAUGUCACUCAUUCCUUUGACUACUUUAUUCAUUCUUAGGACUACUUCACUCAUUUCUAGGGCUACUUUACUCAUUCCUGUGAAUAUUAUUUAUUCAUAGGACUAUUUUCCCCAUUCUUAAGACUAUUUUACUCAUUCCUAUCACUACUUACUUGUUCUUAGGAGUACUUUCAUAAUUAUUUUGGAAUACAUUACUCAUUCUUUGGACAAUUCUAUUAAUUUUUAGGACUACGCUACUCAUUCCUUGGACUACUUACAUAUUCCCCAGACUAGUUUUAAUAUUUAUUAGGAAUACUUUAAUAUUUACUCAACUAUUUGACUAAUUCCUAUGACGACUUUAAGAAUUCUUAUGACUAUUUUACUCAUUCUUAGCACUACUUUAAUAAUUCUUAUGACUUUUUUUACUCAUUCCUAGGACUACUUUAGUGAUUCCUAGGACUACUUUCCGCAUUCCUUGGACUACUUCACUCAUUUCUAGUUGUACUUAUUUAUUUGUAGGACUAUUUUACUUAUUCCGAGGACACUUUCACUCAUUCAUACUGUACUAAAUCCCAAGAUACUUCUUUAAUUAAUGACUACUCUACAUAUUCUGAGGACCACUUAACUAUAUCCAACAACUGCUUUAGUACUUCUGUGGACUACUUCAAUAAUUCCCUAAGACUAUUUUAAUCAUUUCUAGGACUACUUGACUUAUCUCUAGGACUACUUUACACAUUUCUUGGCUAUUUUACUCAUUCCUAGGAGUACUUUCUUAAUUCGAGACUACUUUUGUCUUUCCUAGGACUACAUUACUAAUUAGUAGGAAUACUUCACUAAUUCUGGAUUACUUUACUAAUUCCUAGGACUCAUUGACUCAGUCAUAGGAGUACACAUUGGUUGAAACAUCAUAAUCAGCAGCAGAUCUUUUUCAAAACUAUCUGGAUGGAUUCGAGUCUUUUUUUUCUUCUUCUUUCAGUGCUCAAGAGAACAACAUGAUUUAAUUAAAGCAGUAUUUAUAAGUCAUGCUUUGAUCUGAUAUUUGCGACAGUUUAACUAGAGUUUCAACUGGAAUAGUAGACAGCAGUGCUUCUCAAACCUUUUUCAGCCAAGUACCCUCAAACUAAUGCAAAUCUUUUCUGGUUGUAAACAGGUAAACAACGCAGUGCCAUGACCAUUUUUUUUUUUUUUUUAAUAUUUGUAUCUUUAAUUACAAAUUUUAAUAGAAAUACAUGUUUCCAACAUUCUAAAUGACAAUAAUCCAUGACUAAAUUUGUGUUAAACCUUUUUUUUUAUCAAUAA